CAUAACUGUUUGUUUUGUAUAUAUGGCUGGUUUUGUCUAUAAUAACCUUCCAAGUGCAAACCCUAACCCACAGUCUUUGUUCCAAACCUUUGUUGAUCGAGUUCCACUAUCAAACUUGCCUGCCACGUCAGACAAAUCUAGCCGUAGUGCAGAAGAUGAUGAGCGGAAGCGGAGAAGGAAGGUAUCGAACCGCGAGUCAGCUCGGAGAUCGCGUAUGCGGAAACGACGACAUAUGGACGAGUUGUGGUCCAUGCUUGUUCAGCUCAUCAACGAGAACAAAACUCUCGUUGAUGAGCUAAACGGAGUUAGGGAGGGUUACGAGAAGGUUAUAGAAGAGAACACGAAGCUUCGAGAAGAGAACUCCAAGUUUAGGAAGAUGAUUGGUGAGAUCGGGCUUAGUAGGUUUCUUAAUUAACGUAGACGCCGAUCAGACCUGGACCCUUUGAUCCUGCAUUGCGUAAGUUAUUUUUUGUUUUUAUAAAAGGAGAAGCGUUUUUUUUUGCUACGUCCGAAAGAGUUUAUAAAACUGUAACGAAGAUCGCAUCUGUGAAUUUUGAGAUUGUGAAUCAAAGGAUGAUGGGUGUGAGGAAUUUACAA